AUGAAGAGUUUGGCAGUCAUAUUAUUCGCACUUGUCGGGUUAGUUGCUUGUGAAAAAUGGUCCGUUUACGACGAAAACGCACACGAAUAUUGUAUUAUUUUGGAAGCAGAAACUACUUUAAACCUCGUGUAUAGCACUGAGAAUGGAACUGAAACUUGUAAAGUAGAAGUUAAAGAUGUAGAUUCAGUUACCGGUAAUUGUAAAGCUACUCAUGACGGAAAACCUGCUCAAAUCCUCACCAUUGGCUUUACUCCUUUAAAGAAUGAUAGUCAUCAACCAUGGUCUUUGGAUAUCAUUUUUACCACCAACGCUAAUGGAUACAAAGUCAGUGAGUACAAAGUUCUCACCGCAGAGAAUCCAAUCUGUCCUCAAGCGAUAACAGGACAAAUCCAAAUGUUAAAAAACUCUACCAAUGAUGUUGCUGCUAGUGGAUCUAGCGGAUUCAAGUGCUCCAAGAGUGCCCUCCCUCUCGAGAGCGGAUCCUCAGUUGAAUUCAAGGGCCUCAGAACGGUUGCAUUUAGUCAUCUCACCACAGCUGAAUUCCCUGCCAAUCAAGGAUUCGAUCUCUGCUUCUUGGACACACGCACUUCUGACAUCGUUCCUAUAAUUGUCGGAGCUUGCUUAGCCUGCCUCGUAAUCGUCGUAUUAGUUGCCUAUCUUAUCGGACGUGCUCGCGCUAGGCGUCAAGGCUAUGCCAGUGUUUAA